AUGGAUAAGCUGAAGGCUCACGCGGAAGGAAAAGAAGGCGAUGACGCGCAGGAAGAGAACGCCAACCGCUGGCUGCUGCUCAGCAAACUGGAGCUCAUCAAGAACCAGACGCAAUGGACCAUCGACCACAAGAGCGGGCCCGUGCAGUCGGUCAUCCCGUACGUGGACGUGUUCCACGACGCCAGCGCCAUCGACCCCGUGGAGUCGGCCAAGGACGCGGCGCUGGAGGUGAAGCUGAUCGAAAGCAACGUGCGGAAGGUGCUGAAGGUGCUGGAGGGCGCCAACUCGGACUGCGCCAUCAACUACGUCAUGGGCUCCGACUUCUUCAUGAACAGCUACGAGGAGGCCUCCGACAACUAUUCCUUCCUCAGCACAGUGCGCAGGCACUUGGAG